AUGAAACUUACUAUCGCACUCUUCUCCGCCGCCAGUGCAACCUUCAAACAGACCUUCCAACACAGAGUCCAGCGAAGCGUGGCUGGUGAUUGGGUCGAUAACAACUUGGAGAGCGGACGAUUCCGACGAGAUGUUGUCGACAGCUUCAGACCGAUCGCCGCCAUGAUUGCCUACUUGAAGGGUCUUGGGAGUGACGACCAAGAUCCUUCUGCCCAAGGCUUGGAAGCAGAAUUGCAACAAAUUCAGGACACCUACACAUCUUACGGUUGCUACUGCUGGGCGAAUGGAGUCGAUAACGUCGAAGAUCUCGGAUCCGGAAGCCGAAAUGUCGAUGCCACAGAUUUUGCUUGCACUGAACUUUACAGAUGCUACGCUUGUGUGAACAUUGACUACGGAAGCGAGUACUCCGAGCUCUCCUACAUGGCUUUCUUCGACACAGACUCCGAGGGAAACCGAGUGAUCGACUGCUCAAGCAAUGCUCAACAGAACGGUGAUAGUUUGUGCUCAUGUGAUGCCAAAUUUGCUCAACGAAUCGUUCAAACUCAGAACCACUGUGAUAGCGGCGUCAUGCUUUCCGACAUGGGACUAAACAACUGCAUGUCCGAAAUGUACAGAACAAUCAGCGGCGGUGGAAGCUACCAGUGCCCAGCCGGCUCCAACGGGCACCCUUCCAACGACAAAUGCUGUGGCUUCUACCCCAACCGACAGCCCUACAACGAAAACAGAGAAUGCUGUGCAACAAAUACUGUCGACGAUCAGGGUUUCUUUACUACUCCAGACGUCAACAUUGUUGCUGCUGACACUUGUGAAAUGACGGGAGGUACAGUCGUCGUCUCCGCAGAGGGCGAUCCCCAUACCUACAUUCCGUCUCAGUCAAAACUCUUCAAAGAUUAUUAUGACUACUAUAAUUCUUUUUACCAAAACUACAUAGCCAACUACGAUUCCUCUUAUUACGAGGAGGCGGAUUUAGAUAGGUCGACGGCGCUUGGUUCGGCGCCUGUAUCGUGUCCCGAUCAGCAAGUCUGCCAGACGACGCUAGAAUAUCAACGAAUCCGCGGCGGUUCUGCAAAACGCUACUAUAGGAUUCAAUGCAAAGAAGAACUUCCAUGCAUGUCAAACAUGAAGUCGAAUUUCAAUAGAUGUCGUGCUUACGCGACGAGACAUUCCGUUCAAUGUGUCCACUGCUGUUCUGGAAGUGGCUGCGCUUCGACCGUUCCUUACGAAGGCGCCGGCGUCGAUUUCGCGGACUUUGCAGCUGACCCGAUCGUGGUCUCAGUGCCGUAA